GGGGACUUUUUUGGGCCGCCGGGUGGUGAAGAAGAAUUGCAGGAAUUACUGGCUGGCGAAAUUGAGGGUGAGCUUCGCUGAUGCAGGCCUGCUACGACCAUUGAAUAUCACUAGUGCCCUUUCCCACAUAUGUAACUCAGGGGAUUCAUCCAAUACCCCUCCUGUGCUGGAGAAAACGGCCGAAACUGGUGGCGAAAUAUGUCACAAUGUGUAUCUGCUUGGUGAGGCCGGUCUCCACUAAACGGCGGCUUACAUUCAUGAAAAUGGCAGGGAAAACCACAAUAAUUACUACCUCACAAAAGCUGACGAUCGCUAGCCUUGGUGGCCAGUUUGAUGCAAAAACAUAUGGGGAGGGGUCUGACCUUGGCCCGGAAUCUUCUACAUUCAAUGCUGCAAAUGUUGCUUCGUUCCUCAAAUCACCAUCACUACCAUCCCUUGGUGAUUCUGCCAAUCAGAUGACUCUUGCGUCACUCAGGUCAUCAGUCUCCAACGUCCAAAUCGAUGUUCUGUUGACACACGGGUGGCCGGCUAAAAUCAUUAAACAAUCUAAAUCUGUCCCUCCAUCAAUCGACAGUGCUAUAUCCGCCUCUCCUGUCUUCUGGGAACGUGAACCCUUCAUCUGGAGUGGCGGUCAUGCCAUAACCCGUUUCAUUAGUUUGGGGGCGUUUGGUGGGCCUACUGACACUUCUGGAAUUAAAAAACCUAGGUGGUUUUAUGCGUUCUCCAUCGCUCCCAUUACACCCUUGUCUCCAAAGCCAUCGAUCCCUGCCAAUUGCACUGAAAAUCCAUUCCAGUUGGAUUCGAGGACUGGUGCUAAAAGAUCCACUGAUGAUGAUGAUGAUGGCGGCAAUUUCAUUUUUGGCGAUGUUCGGGUGAAACGCCCCCGACGAGGUGAGUGCUCUACUGUUCUUCCGUAUGAGAAUGGCCUUGCCUCAACAGUCCCAAAAGAUCAGCAGGGUUCGCAUUAUAUUAAAGACUGUCCUGAAAAGUACGCAACAGGAGAUACUGGAGGCAGGAAGCCGCCGCCAGGCUAUAUAUGCCGAGCUUGCGGAAGCGAGGCACAUUUAAUACGCGACUGUCCUUCUAUGAAGGAACGACCACGACGUGAUCCCGUGAGAGAAAUACAGCCCGCCGAAUGUUGGUUUUGUUUAUCCAAUCCAGGAUUGUCGAAGCAUCUUAUCGUCUCCAUUGGAACAGAAGUGUACGUUACAUUGGCAAAAGGUCCACUUCUGCCAACAGACCCAGACACCCUUUCUCCGACUCACGUGCCUGGUGGCGGCCACAUCCUCAUUAUUCCAAUCUCCCACUAUCCAACUUUGAGCACAAUACCGACCGACCUUGCGCCCCCAGUUCUUUCUGAGGUUGACACGUACAGGGCAGCUCUGCGCACGAUGUAUGCUAAAUAUGGCGCUGUCCCGGUUUUCUUCGAGAUGUCAAGACUGUCGGGAAAGGGUGGACACGCACACAUCCAGGUUGUACCGGUACCCGAGUCGAAGAAGGAUGGGGUGGAAGGGGCGUUCAGCGCUUAUGGGGGCGGACAGGUUGUGUGGGAAGACGAUCCUGUCAAGGCAUUGGGCGAAGCUGCUGUCGAUCUACCAGAUGGGAGGAAGAUGGUGCAUAUCUUGAGGCCUGGAGUGAUGUUUAAUCUCCAAUUCGGGAGGGAAGCGCUUGCACAUUAUCUUGCGUUGAAGGAUCGUGCUGACUGGAAGGCUUGUUCUCAAUCGGAAGAUAAGGAGACGCGAGACGCGGAAGCAUUCAAGGACGCUUUUGUUGGGUUCGAUCCUGCAUCAUUGUAGCAUGCCAAAACUGUAAAAAGGAUUUUGGUCCUCAAUAAUGGACAUCUGACUAUCACGAGUUUUGUUGUUGGCACCAUAUUACUUUAUUUCAGCCAUGCAACCCGAAUUCGAUGAGCCUUACGGC